AUGCCGUCAUUCCCCGAACAACUCCUCCCGCCACCGCGACAAGCGACUGCCCGUCCACCGUCCUACCCAUCGUCCAUCUCUUCCACCACGUCCCUCCAAAAAUCCCUCCCCUUGCCCCCACUAACCCACAUAACCACCGGGCUCUCCCGACCCCCACCACCACCCACAUCCCCGACCGCCCCCAUCUACAUCUCCCGGACUCGCUUCCUCCUACGCUUGACAGCCGCCCUAUUCUCCUUCGCGAUAGUUGUCACCAUCUCAACAAUCUACUCCACUAUAAAUCGCACUUUCCCGCGACACAUGCUGUCCAAAAGGCAGGACCUAUGGCCGUCCGUGAUCAACCUACGCCCUACGACGAUACUGCUAGCCAUGUCCUGUGUGACUACGAUGCUAUCUGCGAUUGUGCUCGCUGCAGGAUUGAAGCCAAAGGUUAGACAGGUGGGCGGGCUGGGGGAUUGGCUGAAUUUGGGGGUGAGCUGUGUUAAUCUUGUGCUUGCUGCUGUGGGCGCCGGAUACUUAAUUGGUGGGGAUGGGGAGGGAGAUACAGUUUGGGGUUGGGCCUGUAAAAAUUCGAAGGUUGAUCAUCAGGAUGUGCAGUUUUGGAUGAUUUGUGGGGAGCUGGUAUGUUUCUCUCCUCCCAACUUCCUUUCCCCAGUUAGGGUGUUUGGGAGAAGAACAAUGCGGGGGACUAACUGCGCAUCUCAGAAUUUCGUAUUUGCCCUAGGCUGGGGAAUUGUUGCGGUCGAGGCAUUGAUUCUGGUCAAUGUUGUGGUUGGACGCUUUGUCGUCCGGAGGCGUUUCUUGGGAAGAGGGGCACCACGAGUCGGACAGAGGCCCGGUGUCUGACCCUCGAGGAAAAGGAAGGAUAGACUAUCAGGCAAUCAUUCAUUCGAUCCGGAUUUAAGAUCACAGGACAUGUUCUUCUUUGGAGUUUCGGAUAUACAGGCGUUUUAGGGAGGUUUUUCUUUUUGAUCAAGGCAUCUACCGUGUUGGGAUAGUCAGGCUAGACAGAGCAGAUGUGCUGCGAACGAAGAGAAAAGAAAUAAAGAGUUGGCUAUUUUG